GUAGCAGCGGCCCAGACCAAAAACCCUAGCGAUAGUUAUUUAAGACGAGUAUGCAUAUGAGCACCGCUCCGCACUCGCCCCUUCCUCCGCCAGCACUCGCACGAUCUUCAGCACCCAUCUGAUCACUCAUCGCCGACAAUGUCGAGGAGGAAGACCAGGGAACCCAAGGAAGAGAAUGUAACCCUUGGACCUGCUGUCAGAGAUGGAGAGAUUGUUUUUGGCGUUGCCCACAUUUUUGCUUCAUUCAACGACACUUUCAUUCAUGUUACUGACUUGUCUGGAAGGGAAACCAUGGUUCGAAUUACUGGGGGCAUGAAGGUCAAGGCUGAUCGUGAUGAAUCUUCACCGUAUGCAGCUAUGCUUGCUGCACAAGAUGUUUCACAGCGAUGCAAGGAACUAGGCAUCACUGCUCUUCAUAUCAAGCUGAGGGCCACAGGUGGAAAUAAGACUAAAACCCCUGGUCCAGGUGCCCAGUCUGCACUCAGAGCCUUGGCUCGUUCCGGCAUGAAAAUUGGACGCAUUGAGGAUGUGACCCCAAUUCCCACCGAUAGCACUCGUAGAAAGGGUGGUAGGAGAGGAAGACGUUUGUAACUGUCUCUCGAAGUUCUUAAACAUGCCAGCAGCCAGAGGACCUUGUCUGUGCUCUGUAGUUUGUUUGAGAAAUUGAUGUGGCAUUUAGGAUAUGUUUUCAGCGACAUAGAAUGAUUUUGACAUUAUAAAUUCUAAGAUUUUGCUAAAUUAUAUUCUCUGAAAUAAUGCUUGUUUUUUUUAUAUUUAAUAAUUUGUUUUCGUCC